AUGUUGGACAAACCCAAUAUGGCUGAGAUUGAGAAAUGUGCUAAGUCAAAAUUGAAGACAGAAACACGAGAGAAAAAUCCAGUGCCUUCAGAAGAAGCAAUAGAACAGGUGAAGCAAGCAGGGAAAUUGUAA